AAACAACCCUCUCCGAUACCCGUCCGAAAUUCCUAGGGCUGCAGUGUACUCCGUUCCCACUCCCCACUCCCCACUCCCAUAAAUAUCUGCACACACUCUUAACUCCGUAAUCUCGUUUUCUUAUCCGCUCACAAGGUAAAACCCCAUUGUUCUCCCGAAUCUCCCCCGCCUGAUAACGCCUUCACAAAAAUAACUCGCCGCCGUCACCAAUCUCUUGUACUUUCCGAGGUAGUUUGAUUUGAUUUGAUAAUUUGGUGGGAGGAUGUACUCCUCGCGCGGGGGUAACGCUUAUGGGCAGCAACAGCCGUACGCUUCUCAGUCUUCGUAUUCCCAGGGUUUGGGAGCUGCUUAUUCUGGGAGUGCUGUCGGAGGACCUGAUGGGGGCUCUCGGCACUCUUCAAUGUUAGGAAGUGCUCAGGAAUCUGAUGUAACUGGAUAUAGAGGUCAUUCCUCCUCUGGAGCUCAUUAUGUUGGGCAAUAUAGUUCUGUAUAUGGCUCUGCUGCUUUGAGCAGUGGUCAACAGGUUUCUGGAAUGAGUGCCAAAGGAUCUGGGACAUCUGCUUUGGAAGGUCGCAGUGGUUAUGGAUCAGCUAUUCCAGAUUCAGCUAAGAUCACUACUGGGGACUAUUCAUUGUCAUCAGGCCACGGAUAUGGCCACAAGAGUGAUCAAUUAUAUUCGGAUAAGAUUUCUGGAUAUCCAUCAGUCGAUAGGCACCAAUAUGGUGAGCGACAGAGUGCUUAUGCUGGGAGGGAUCUGCAGAAUGCACCAGCAGGUCGAUUUGGCGAUUCUAUUGGCUUUGAUAAUCAGCAUAAGGCAGACAUCUAUGAUCGCAUGGAUCAGGCAUUGCUGCUUCGACAAGAACAAAUGCUGAAGGCCCAAUCACUUCAAUCUGCUUCUCUUGAUGGGGGAUCCAGACAAGCUGAUUAUCUUGCAGCAAGGGGGGCUAGUAUUCGUCAUUCAGCACAAGAUCUUAUGUCUUAUGGUGGAAGAAUAGAUGCCGAUCCACGCAGUUUGUCAAUAUUAAGUGGUUCAUCAUACACCGGACAACAUGCUUCAUCCAUUCUAGGGGCUGCCCCGCGCAGAAACAUGGAUGAUCUUAUGUAUGCUCAGAGUUCUUCAAAUCCAGGUUAUGGAGUUAGCCUUCCUCCUGGUAGGGACUACGCUAGUGGAAAAGGGCUUCUGGAUGCAUCUCUUGACAUGGAUUACUUACGUGGCGGUCAUCCAAGGAUUGAUAAGGAUGAUAGGGUUGGAUAUACUCGCGAGCUUGAGAGAAGGGAGGAGCGUCGAAAGGAGCAUUUGCGUGAGAGAGAAAAGGACAGAGAAAGGGAUAAGGAACGGGAACGAGAACGCGAACGAGAUCGACAACGGAAACGGGAAAGAGAGCGCGAAAGGGAACGCAUAUUAGAGCGGCAUGACAAGGAGAGAGAUCGAGAGCGUGAACGCGGCCCUGAAGUUAGACGCGAACGUGGAGCUGAUAAUAGGCGUGAACAGACCCCACCCAGAAUCUCUAAGGACCGGGCAGAACGGCUUGGUACCUCGUUAACUAAAGAUCUUCCAAGAAAGGAUUCACCACAUCACGAAGCUUUGCAUAGGCGUCGUUCACCUGUUAAGGAAAAAAGAAGGGAAUAUGACUGCAAGGUUUACCCAUCUAGUUUGGUAGUUUUCGAGAGGGACUAUUUGUCACUAGACAAGCGUUAUCCCAGACUUUUUAUUUCUCCAGAAUGCUCAAAGGUGGUUGUUAACUGGCCUAGGGAUAAUCUUAGGCUUUCCAUCCAUACUCCUGUCAGUUUUGAGCAUGAUUUUGUUCAAGAGGAUGCUGGAGCUGAGCAGAAAGUGCGACCUGCCAUGACUUCAACUGAACCUGUCAAAUCGGAAUGUGCAACUACUGUAUGGAAUGCAAAGAUGAUUUUAAUGAGUGGACUUAGCCAAAAUUCUUUGGAGGAGCUUUCAUCUGAAAGGAGCUAUGACGAUCGUGUGCCCCAUUUUUGCAAUAUGCUGAGGUUUGCUGUUCUUAAGAAAGAUCAAUACUUAAUGGCAAUUGGAGGAUCAUGGGAUACUGUUGAUGGUGGGGAUCCUUCUGUUGAUGAUUCCUCUCUGGUUCAAACUGUUCUUCGGUAUGCGAAGGAUGUCACCAAACUUGAUUUGAAGAACUGCAGGCACUGGAAUAGGUUCCUCGAGAUACAUUAUGACAGAGUCGGUAAGGAUGGACUGUUUAGCCAUAAAGAAGUCACAGUAUUGUAUGUUCCAGAUUUGUCAGAUUGUCUUCCAUCGAUAGAAACAUGGAGAGAGCAAUGGCUUGCUCACAAGAAAGCUGUUGCUGAGAGAAGGUGCCUGCUUGAAGUUAAAAAAGAGAAGUCUACAGAGAAGAAGGAAGCACCGAAAGAUAAGGAAGGUGAUUCCUCUAAAGAAGUCAAGGGGGAUGAUAAAUCAAAAAAAAAAUUAGAGUCUGCACCUGCUGGACAGGAAGCUGAUGUCACCAAAAAACAGAAUGAUGAGAAUGAACUGAAGGGUAAUGCAGCCGACAAAGAUGGGGGAGAGAAACAGGUGUCAGAUAAAAAAGGUGGGGUGGCAGCGGGCGAUAAAGGUAGUAGCGUUGAAAAGAAGGAAGUGGGGGAAAGCAUAGGUGUUCCAACUUCUGGUAGUGGAAAAAUUGGGAGGAAGAAAAUUAUAAAGAAAAUUGUCAAACAGAAGGUUGCUGGUAAGAAAGAAUGUUUGGAUGAGAAAAACAUGGGAGAAAAUAUUGCUAUCUCAGAAACCACUGGUCAACAAGACGUGCCCUUUGCUAAUGCUGCUGCUGUUAAAACUUUUAUAAGGAAAAGAGUUGUGAAAAAGGUCCCAGUGGCAAAGGCUGUUCAGAAAGAUAAUGAAGGCAUUCAGCCUGAGGUGAAAACUGAUAAGGGAACUGAAUGUUCCGAAGAUAAAGCAAAAGGUAAGUCAGACUCCAGUAGUCCUGCGGUGGUGCAAGAUGCUAGUGUGAAAACGACAGGAAAGAAAAAAGUAAUUAAAAAAGUGCUUAAAAGGAAGCUAACUGUUGCGCAAGCUAAUGAAAGUGGUCCUAAUAACAAUAAAGAUGACAAGGAAGGGACAACAAUUGUUAAAGCGGGUAAAGAACUAAAAGCUUUGGGGAAAAAAACUGUAGAUGCCGAGGCCAGCUCAGAAAAGAAAAUCUCGGCAAAAUCUGUAACUCCUGCAAAGCAAGAUGAUUUAGGGAAUUCAAAUAAAGCUGAAAGCGAGGUAGUCAAAGAAGAAAAAAAAGCUGAGAAGAAGGUUGAAGAGAAAAAUGGUUCUGCAUCCAAAAUCAUUAAGGAGGCUGACAAGCAAAAGAUUUCCUCUAAGGAUGGUCAUACUGACAAGAGAGGCAAAUCAAAAGAAAGAGAAAAAUUGAAAGAUGAAGAGAAAAAAGACAAGGAAGUAAAAGAUGACUCUAGAAGGAAAUCAAGUAAGGACGUCAAAGAAAAGAAACAGCUUGAAGAGCCUCCUCGGCACCCUGGAUUGUUUCUUCAAACAAAAGGAAGCAAGGAAUCAAAACUACGUUCAAUAUCACUUUCGCUGGAUUCACUUCUGGAUUAUACUGAGAAGGAUUUUGAAGAAUCAACAUUUGAGCUUUCAUUGUUUGCAGAGUCACUGUAUGAAAUGCUGCAGUAUCAAAUGGGGUGUCGCCUUUUAGCAUUUCUUCAGAAAUUGCGCGUAAAGUUUGUGACAAAAAGAAACCUACGGAAAAGACAAAGGGAAGAAACUUCCAAGGGGAGUGAUAAGAAAUCAUCAGCAAAGCGCUUGAAGACUGAUAAGGCCACUGUGGAAGUCAAAUCUGCUAAAACUGAAACACAGGAUGCUGCUAAUUGUGAGGAUGGAAAAAGCUCUGUUAAGGAGGAAGUUACUUCUGUUGAUGGCGUUGAAAAUGUGAAGCCAGAAUAUGCUGAUGGGGCUCAAAACGUGAAGCAAGAAGAUGCUAAUGGAGUAGAGAAUGCGAAGCCGGAAGAUGAAAUGGAUGAUGAUGAUGAAGAUCCAGAGGAAGAAGAUCCCGAGGAAGAAGAUCCCGAGGAACCAGAGGAAAAUGAAGAAAUGUUGGAUGCAGUCCCUCAAUCUGACUUGCCAAAUAAGGAAAAUAUUGUGGUGGGGAAGACUGAAAGAGAAAUGAAGGCUGAAAAGGUAGUUGGGGAUGCAAAAAGUGGAGAUCAGGAAACUCCUGUGGCAACUUCAGAGAGCAAGCCUACAUCAGGUUCAGAGAGCAAAGAAAAUGUGGAAAAGAUGGAGACAAAGAAAAGUGAAAAGCCAGUAGCUGUUGAUAAGGAACUGUUGCAGGCUUUCAGGUUUUUUGACCGGAAUCGAGUUGGAUACGUCAGGGUUGAAGAUAUGAGGUUGAUUAUCCACAACUUAGGGAAGUUCCUCUCAUACAGGGAUGUCAAGGAACUUGUUCAAAGCGCACUUUUGGAGAGCAACACUGGGAGGGACGACCACAUUCUCUACAACAAGCUGGUUAGAAUUACUGACAUUUAAGAUUCGUGUGGAGUUCAGAUUCUUCAUGUUGAAGGGAGUUGUGAACUCAACUUUUCCAUUUCUCUUAACGCAACUUGGAAAGAUCUACUUAUUGGAAGGAUAUUCUGCUUCUUAGAAUUCAGCUUUCGAUGGUAGAACUAUUUAUUUACCUUUUAUGAACUUUUGUUUUGUAAGCAGUCUCCUCUUUCUUCAGUCUUUCUAGUGUAAUUGCUGACCGAUAAGCUUAUUGAGGUAAUGUGCAUUUUCUUUUUAACAGAAACUCUGCCCCAGUUUUGAGGCCAUAUUACUAUAAAUGAAUUUUAUCAAAUCAGUGUUCUCUGGA